GCAUACCGAGAGCCACUUCCGGAACAAGCGUCGCGUUUCUCAGGAGAAACUGCUGGUGAGAAUUCCCAGAGUGAUAAUGGCUACCUACAGCCUGGCGAACGAGAGACUACGCGCUCUGGAAGACAUUGAACGGGAAAUCGGCGCCAUCCUUCAGAAUGCAGGUACUGUGAUCCUAGAAUUGUCCAAGGAAAAAACUAACGAGCGGCUUCUAGACCGGCAGGCGGCGGCCUUCACCGCUUCAGUGCAACACGUGGAGGCGGAGUUGUCAGCUCAGAUCCGCUACCUCACCCAGGUGGCCACAGGGCAGCCCCAUGAGGGCUCCAGCUACUCUUCGAGGAAGGACUGUCAGAUGGCUCUGAAGCGAGUGGACUAUGCCCGCCUCAAGCUCAGUGAUGUGGCUCGAACCUGUGAGCAGAUGCUGGAGAACUAGGCCAGGGAGAUGGACCCAGAGCUCAGAGGGAGACCAUCGCCUGUGCCAUGGGACAGAACCUGGGAACAUGUAGGGUGGGGAGUAUGAGCACCAACAUACCCUGCUGGUCAAAGUACCCUAGGACAAAGGGGCAAAUGGUGGGCAUGGAAAAACUGAAGCCUGAGCCUGCCCACAGCUAUGCCCUGGCCUCUCCAGCAGGGUGCUCCUGCUCUGCACCCCAGAAACACCCUGACAGGCUCAGAGAGGAGAUGGAAACUGACAUACCCAACCCACUUCCUCAAACACAUCAUGCUGCUGCCCCAAGCUUCCCGCAGACUUGGCCUACCGAAGAUACAUACUUCUUCAUUCAGAGAGACAAAACAAGAACUAGAGUUUUAAUAAUAAUAAAAUAACAAUAAAAACAAGAUCA